UCUUUUUCUAUAUACCGGAAGUGGUGCUUGACAGUUUCCGGAUGUACGGGCUCCGCACUCUGUUUAGCUUGGGCCUGCUGGUCGGGGGUACACGACUGGGCGCACGGGUAGCGCAAGUUGGAGCCCUUGGCGAGACGUGUGCGCGGGGUCAGGGACUGGCAGGAGACGGAAGCUCUGGGUGCAGACACUACAGAAGUGGGUCAGCCAACAUGGCAGGGGGUCUGAAAUAUCUGAGUCAGGAGGAAGCCCAGGCAGUGGAUGAAGAGCUGUUUAAUGAAUAUAAGUUCAGUGUUGACCAACUCAUGGAACUAGCAGGACUUAGCUGCGCUGUCGCUAUAACCAAGGCCUAUCCAGUCAGUUCAUUCACAUCAAACUUGCCAACGGUAUUGGUGGUGUGUGGUCCUGGGAACAACGGAGGAGAUGGUCUGGUCUGUGCCCGACACCUCAAGCUUUUUGGCUAUGAACCAGCUAUACAUUACCCGAAGCGCCCAAACAAGACGUUAUUUGAAAACCUAACAACGCAGUGUCAGAAAAUGGACAUUCCAUUUCUCUCAGAGUUUCCACGUGAGCCCGAAGUAAUCGAUGGAGCCUAUAACCUGGUUGUGGAUGCCAUUUUUGGAUUCAGCUUUAAAGGGGCCGUGCGAGAGCCCUUUGGGAAUAUUCUGAGUACUUUGAAGCGCGUCACUGUACCCAUCGCAAGUGUGGACAUUCCAUCAGGAUGGGACGUGGAGAAGGGGAACUCAGAGGGGAUACAGCCCGACAUGCUUAUUUCGCUGACUGCUCCCAAAAAAUCAGCCGUGCACUUCAAUGGGCGCUACCACUUCCUGGGUGGAAGAUUUGUCCCUAAGGCACUAGAGAAAAAGUACAACCUCAAUAUCCCACAAUACCCUGGGACUGAAUGUGUCCAGAAGUUGCCUUAAAAACCAAAUAGGGUUCUUGGUAUUUGUAGCCAAUCAUGUUUAUCAAUAUAAAGUCUUUAUCAUAA